AUGUCGGAUGAUAUCCUUCGAGAGAUUAAGGAAUGCAGUAGCAAGUAUGUUGAUGAAAAUGCAGACCAAGUAGAGAUAAAGGAAAGGGAAGCGCUAGUUAAUUGCGUAGUAAAAUCAGGACAAAACUAUCUCGCCUUGGGCAAAGCAAUCACAGUUUUGGAUUUGGAUACCUGCAUGAAAAAGGAUGUACCCAAUGCUGCAUCGUAA